CGGGCCCAGGGAUAGGUAACGAGGCGGCAGAAGGCGGGACCUAGAGACCCCGCCCCUCAGGACGGAGGUUACGGGACGGUGGAGCUGUAUGUGAUUCUCGCUAGCCGAAGGACCAAAGGGUUCACCCAGAAGCUAGGAAGCCCUUUGUGACCCUCGGAGAGGUUUAAUUUUCCUUUACACUGGAGUUUCCAUGUUUGCCCUACCCGGAACACUGCCCGGCUCUUUCUGGUUAAGACUCGUGAAAACUACAACUGCCAGACCACCUCGCGCGGAGAUCGGGCCCCCGUGAGUCACGUGACUCGAGUCAGAUGACAGCUGGCCCGCCCUCACACAAAGUCAACCCAGCCCGCGGAAACCAGGUACACUCCGAAUCGGUGUCUGGCGCGAGACUGCUGCAUCUUGUGAGGUUGGUCCCCGGGCCCUGGGAAGAUCUCAGUUCUGAGAAUUCAGGGAACAUGAUAAAGAAUUGGCUGCUUAUUUUUAUCCUUUUUCAUCUGAAGCUCAUAGAGAACUGUGAGUCGACUGUCAGCCUCACUGUUCCUCCUGUUGUAAAGCUGGAGAAUGGCAGCUCAGCCAACAUCAGCAUCACCCUUGGGCAGCCAUUAAAUGAAACCUUGGUGAUCACUUUGGAAAUCACAUUUCAGUCAAAAAAUAGUACUAUCCUUGAGCUCCCUAAUGAAGUUGUAGUGCCUCCUGGAGUGACACAGUCCUCCUUUCAAGUAACAUCUCAGAAUGUUGGACAAGUGACCGUCCGUCUGCACAGAAAUCAUUCCAACCAGACCAGCUCAAGGAUACUCUUCUUUGUCAUCCGAAGCAAAAUCAUCAGCAUUAUAAACCAAGUGAUUGGCUGGAUCUAUUUUUUGGCCUGGUCCAUCUCCUUCUAUCCUCAGGUGAUCAAGAACUGGAGAAGGAAAAGUGUUGUUGGUCUGAGCUUCGAUUUCUUGGCCCUGAACCUGGUGGGCUUCGUGGCCUAUAGUGUGUUCAACAUCGGCCUCCUGUGGGUGCCCUACAUCCAGGAGCAGUUUCUCCUCAAACACCCCAAUGGCGUGAAUCCGGUGGAGAUUAAUGACGUCUUCUUCAGCCUGCAUGCAUUUGCCCUCACCCUGAUUGUCAUCGUACAGUGCUGCCUGUAUGAGCGAGGCAGUCAGCGUGUGUCAUGGCCCGCCAUCGUCUUCCUGGUACUUGUAUUGCUCCUUACCGUCAUCUCCAUGAUUAUAGCUGCAAUCGGGAUAACCACAUGGCUGCAAUUUCUCUUCUGCUUCUCCUACGUCAAGCUCGCUGUCACGCUGCUCAAGUACUUCCCACAGGCCUACAUGAACUUUUACUACAAAAGCACCGAGGGCUGGAGUAUUGGCGGCGUGAUCCUGGACUUCACAGGGGGUACCUUCAGCCUCCUCCAGAUGUUCCUUCAGUCCUACAAUAAUGACCAGUGGACACUGAUCUUUGGAGACCCAACCAAGUUUGGCCUUGGCAUCUUCAGCAUCUUCUUCGAUGUUGUCUUCUUCGUCCAGCACUACUGUUUGUACAGAAAGACACCGGGGCUUCAGGCAGCACACACAGGUCCUGACAGUCAUCCCAGUCAAAUGCUGAGCCUGCGGCCGGAGGCCUUGCCUCAAACAACCAGUGUUUCUGGGAGCAACUUGAAAGGCUGAGCUUGCAGCCGAGAGAGAACAAUGGUGCCUUGCUGCCACCGCUGUGUUCACAGAGAACAAGCAGCCAGGUGCUGUCCCAAUGGACUCAAAGGUGCCAGUGGUGGAGGGACGAGGACUUUGGGGUUAGGUCUUGCAGUCCAUUCUCUGAAAGCCACAUUCCAGACACCUGCUCAUUCUACGUUAACUCUGCUUCCGUGACUGGUAAUUGGUGCCCCAGGCCAGCGCCUGGUAAAGAGUACUCCUGAGCCUCUGUCAGGUGGUUCCGGCCAGUGUCAUGCCCUGUACCCUCUGGGUCUUGACCACAGUCAGAUAUCGCAGUAACUACUUUCAGAGUUUGUGAAGGGAUGUUCUGGAAGUGGCUCACUCUGUUUUGCCUACUCUCCUACCUCUACAUUCUGAGUCAGAUAGGGCCCCAUCUGAGCACCUCCACUGCUGCUAACCCAGCACCUGUAGAGCAGGUCACACCCCCUCUAACAGUCUGUGCCUUAGAGGCCUGUUAGUCCUGCCAAAUGGUGAGCAGCUCCCCUAGAGGGGAGGGCAGGCCCCUUCCCUCUCUUUCCCCAGGCCCCUGAGACUCCAAGUUCUUGGUUAUGGAGGAGUCCCAGAGAACUUGAGGCCCACACACACACACUGCUUAUGGACCCAAGCCUAGUCUCAAAGCUCCUUCUCCCCCACCCCAAGCUGUUGUCCUACAGCAGGAGAUGGACCUAGGACGUGCCUUGUACAUGCCUUAAGCUUAUCGAUACACUCUGUUACUCAAGACCAAUGGGAGGGCCCUGUAAAACUUGGCUUUUGUAAAACUUGGCUUUUCUUUUCUGCAUACUGUGAGCAUUUGCUGGAUGCAGAAAGCAGGUAUGCUGGCCUGCAGAACCAAGUCCAAGUCCUUGGGGCUUAGGAGCCAGCUUUGCUCAUUUCCUGUAAAGGCAAGCAUGGGGCUGUGGAAUUCAUUGACCCCAGGUGGCUGUGUGCUGACCCUGCGCUUCACCGGGGGGAAGCCCUAUUGGAUAGUACAAGACACCUUGGGACCAGGUAGGUCUGUGACAGGUAUGUCUUCAGUGCCAAGGCACAGCAACUGGUCAAACUAUACAUAUGAACAGGUUGGAAUAUUUAAGGGCACAGUAGCACUGGAAGCAGGUGCAGUAAGGUCUUAUUCUCCUGAUUCUUGCUCUGUCCUGCUGUAACAACCAACAAGGAAUUUAAAGUAGUCUUUGGAGCAGACACUGCAGCCUUAACAAGCCCAUAGACCUGUUUGAUUUCAGCCAUCCAGUUGUUUUUAUAAAGUGUGUUACUGGGCACUAUACUUUAAAAAUGAGAGAUUUCAAA